AUGAAUUCUGCGUUCGUGGGCUCUGAUGAACAGCGAGGGUCAUUCGCCUAUGAUAAAUACUCUAUCCACUGCGUUGUGCCUUUGCAUCUGGAGCUUCGCGAUUGGUACGGGGUGGUAGGCGUCGAACACUUAUUGCCCGCGAGAUAUUUAGUCCGUUCUGUCCCCAGAGACCAAAGCUUCCAUCGCCGCUGUCCGCAUACAGACAUGAUUUCCCUAGAGAGCACGCUGGCCUGCCUUAUCUACCGAGUAUUGCAUCAAGAAUACGCUAAGAGCAAUGCCAGCUUACAAAAGGAUGAUGGUUUGAAAAUUUGCAUGAAGAACCAAAACAACUCAGGCGCAGGAACCAAAAAUGCAGGGUCUGCAUUCAAUUUCGAGAUCCGAAACCAUAGCGUACGAAGUACGGGGAUAGAGCGGGACCCUGAAAAGACACGCCAAAACGGGCACGAGCAUUUUCUUCACCCUUAUACGGAGACUCACUCCGUUCAUGGCCCUGCCCUCUUUAGCUCCCGUCCGUUUGUUUUCAACGGUCAAGCUAAGGGUAACUAA